GGCGGGCCAAGAUGGCGGCGCGCGGGAAGGGGAGGGGGCGGGCCAAGAUGGCGGCGCGCAGCGGCGGCGCGGCGGAGUGAGGGGGCCGCAGCCCGAUGGCGGCGCCGGCGCCGGUCCCCGCCGGGGCCCUGCGGGCCGUGCUGAAGCCCAGCGGGCCCCUCCCGACCGAGAGCCUCCCGGUGCGCGGCUACGAUUUCUCCGGCGGCCCGGACCACGCCGCGCUGCUGCGCUCCUUCCGCACCACCGGCUUCCAGGCCACCAGCUUCGCCCAGGCCGUCGCCGAGAUCCAGCGGAUGAUCGCGGCGAAGCUGGAGCCGCUGAGCGAGGAGGAGCGGGCCCGGGCGGCGCUGGGCGGGCGGCGGCCGCCCUCGGGCUGCACCAUCUUCCUGGGCUUCACCUCCAACCUCGUCAGCUCCGGCGUCAGGGAGACCAUCCGGUACCUGCUGCAGCACAACAUGGUGGACGUGGUGGUGACCACGGCGGGGGGGGUGGAGGAGGAUCUCAUCAAGUGCCUGGCGCCCACCUACAUCGGGGACUUCAGCCUGCGGGGACAGGACCUGCGCCGGAGCGGCAUCAACAGGAUCGGGAACCUGCUGGUGCCCAACGACAACUACUGCAAGUUCGAGGACUGGCUGAUGCCCAUCCUGGAGCAGAUGGUGGAUGAGCAAGAAACGCAGGGCGUGAGGUGGACCCCCUCCAAGAUGAUCGCGCGGUUGGGCAAGGAGAUCGACAACCCCGAGUCCAUCUGCUACUGGGCGCAGAAGAACAACAUCCCGGUGCUGAGCCCGGCGCUGACCGACGGCUCCCUGGGGGACAUGAUCUUCUUCCACUCCUACAAGCGCCCGGGGCUGGUGCUGGACAUCGUGGAGGACCUGCGCCUCAUUAACACCCAGGCCAUCUUCGCCAGGAAGACGGGGAUGAUCAUCCUGGGCGGGGGGCUGGUGAAGCACCACAUCGCCAACGCCAACCUCAUGAGGAACGGGGCCGACUUCUCCGUCUACGUCAACACGGCGCAGGAGUUCGACGGCUCCGACUCGGGAGCGCGGCCGGACGAGGCCGUGUCCUGGGGCAAGAUCCGGAUGGAUGCCACCCCCGUCAAGGUCUACGCCGACGCCUCCCUGGUUUUUCCGCUGCUGGUGGCGGAGACGUUCGCCCAAAGAGCCGACGCCUUUCCCUCGGGGACACCGGGAGACUGAGACGGUGGCUGGGUGUCCCCGGGGUGGGGGGGGGGAGUGAGCCCCCACCUCGGGGGGGGCCCUGAGCCCCCACUUUAGGGGGGCCGAGUCCGCAGUUUCUCUGCAGGGGCUCCCGACUCGCCAUCCCCAGGCUCCGCACCCCCAACACCAGCAUGUGCAGAGGAGAGAGCGAGGCGAUUUCCCCAGUGGAGGGAGUUGGGGGGCCGGGACCCCCCCGUGACCAUCCAUCUGUCCUCCCCCCGCACUGUCCGUCCCCCCAGCACCGUCUGCCUCUUCCCCCCCUUCCCCAGCGCUUGUAUUUAUUUGAGCCGUUUGGGCUCCGCGCGCUCCCAAUAAAGCACCGUGGCUUCUC